AUGGCACUCUCACCUGAGGAAAGAGCUAGCUCCAGGCGUAGAGCAUGUGCUCGGUAUUAUUCAAAAAACCAAAGCGCCUUGCAGGAAAGUGCUAGGCUACGUAUGCAAGUUCUUAGAGCACGGCGAAAGAUUACUCUAAUAAAUACACAAAAUCUGAAGAAACAGGUUGUGGAUGUGCCUACUCUGGAUAAGUCGACAAUUAAUGAGAUCCGGCUACCCGAGUUAUCUCAGCAAAUUCCGAUUAAGAAGCUCAAAGUCAAUAUGAAGCCGAAGUCGAAGCCAAAGUCCAAAGAUGUCGAUACUCAGCGGUCUAUCGAGGAGGUCAAAGGGAUGUACAUAGACAACGGACGGAUUCCCGAAUCGCAUGAGGAAGAUGAAGAGGAGGAUGCUGACAAUGUUGCGAACCUCCUAAGGCCGUCUACUCCCAUAGUAUCUGAAGACAAGACUCACAAAUCGCUCCCAAUGUUUUCAGCAGUUGAACAUGAAUUGCCUAUCGCGUCAUACGAUGAUGAGGAUGUUGAGGAAGAAGAGGUUGGUAUUGAGGAAUAUGUCUGGAUAGAUAGGCAUGAUUUGAAGGAUGGAGACUGUAUUCCAACGUGCAGGGAGUGCUUGUUUAUUAAAGAACUUCUUGCAGAACUAGAUACAUAA